AUGCGCGCAGUUUUGCAAAGAGUAUCGAGUUCAAGUGUUUCAGGCAAUACAAGAAAUCUUGAUGGUAAAAUAAUCUCCGCAAUAAAUCGUGGAGUGUGUGUUCUUGUUGGUAUCGCAUCGAGUGAUACCGAAUCAGAUAUAGAGUAUAUCGUGAGAAAGAUACUUAAUGUACGCGUGUUUGAAGAUGAAUCUGGAACAAAGAUGUGGAUGCGGAGUGUUAAGGAUGCGGAACUCGAGAUUUUGUGCAUAUCUCAGUUUACUUUGUAUGCCAGCUUAACCAAAAAUAAACCAAGUUUUCAUCAAGCCAUGAAUUCUGAAGCAUCGAAAGGAAUGUACACAACAUUUUUGAACAGACUAAAACAAGCUUAUGUCGAGGAUAGAGUAAAAGAUGGCGUUUUUGGAGCCAUGAUGAAAGUUAACAUUGUCAAUGAGGGACCUGUUACUUUGGAACUUGAUUCGAGGAAAUUUACCGUACGAAGUGUAGUUAAGUCAGUGGUGCGCAAUGCGAACAUUAACGAGGAAGUAAUGCGCACCGCGAAAUUAUUCGUAGCUGUCGACGCUUCAAUGAAAUCCACAUACCAAUCAAUGGAAAAAAUCACCGCUGGAAUUGUUCAAUUACAAGAACGUAAUACGCAAACACUAGAAAAUUUACAUGUAAUUCCACAAAUAUACGGCGGAUUGAUAGUAGAAGAAUUGAUCAGAUAUCCACCGCACAUUACUUCCUCUAACACCAUUGGACCAUAG